AUGGCAUCGUCUGCGGCGGCGCUUCUGGCUGGACAGCAUGCAGGCGUUGCGGCUUCUCCUUGGCAGACAGAGAGGGUUAUUGGUGCAGCAGGGCUCUCGGAAAACCUCAGCUCGUCAAAUAAUCCGCGCGGCCUCUCAUACUCCUCCGGCAUCUCGGUCUUGUUUGGUCGGAACGCCUCUUUUUAUAUGAAGCAGGCGGCGUUGGAGGGAGAAAGGAGAAACAAGCUUGCCGGUCUUCAGGAGGCGGUGGUCCAUCAUGCAGUGAGAUUUCCUGCUUCUCAAAAGCUGGUCUCCGGUGCAUGCUCCGUCUCCCGCCGGAAGAACGUGAUCGCAGCGGUGCUGCCGGACACCAGGGGGAAGGGCCUCCGACUGGGACGUACCUCGCCAGAGUGGCCGCACAGGGGUCUGCCGACUUUCCCUGAAGGCACGGCCGCUCGUGGAAAGCGGUCCCAGACCGUGGCAGCUGCGAAGAAGCCAAACGUGGUCCUGUCAGAGAGCGAACAGGAGCUCUUAAGGCAGAUGGGGCAGCUGUACGAUAGCAAACAACAAGAAGUUCAGAAACAGAUGGAGGACAUGAAGAAGCAAUUUGCGGAUCAAAAGCAGUUACUGGGAAGCCUAGUAGAAGCAAGUGCGCGUCAGGAAGUGAGCAGGAUUUUUGGGGAGAAUUACGUAAAGCAACUACUGGCCCGCUCGCUCCAGGAUCUGGCGCUCCUACUCCCGGAAGAGCGGUGCAUAGGAGCGGCACACCCAGGCAAGUACUAA